GUAGUAGCAGCAGCUCGCUGGGGGGUUGCAGAGGGUCCUGAAUCUGAUUUGUCUAUUUGCUCCUCUAGGGAAUCAUUGGCUUAUAAUUCAGCAGUCAUGGUUCAGGCAGGGGAGUCAUUGUACAUGUUUUGCUGAAAGAAAAUUGAGGCACAUAAUGGAUUUAUCAGGAGUACAACUGACAUCAAAGCACAUAUGAGGAGGCGCUGAUUGUCCUGAACUGUCUCGCCAUGACUUAUCCAGAGCAAUGUAAUUGGCUGAAAGAAGCCAUCGGUUUGUUCCCAGGUUUGCCAGGGUUUUCCAGCAUGUUUGGAAAGAAGAAAAAGCGGCUGGAGAUCUCAGCUCCAUCUAACUUUGAGCACCGGGUCCACACAGGCUUUGACCCGCGGGAGCAGAAGUUCACGGGCCUGCCGCAGCAAUGGCAGAGCCUCCUGGCCGACACUGCCAACCGCCCCAAGCCCAUGGUGGACCCUUCUUACAUCACCCCCAUCCAGCUAGCGCCAAUGAAGAUAUCUCCCAAGAAAGUCCGGUCAUCCGAAUCACCGUUGCCCAAAACCAUUGUUCGAGGGAACCGGCCGCCCAAAGACGCAUCUAUCAACGGCCUGCUGGAGGAGUUUGACAACAUCUCAGUAACGCGCUCCAACUCCCUGCGUAAAGAGAGCCCACCGGGACCCCACCAGGCUGGAAGCAGCACCAAACCCUUGGGUAGCGGUCAUCUUAAUGCCCCAGAGGAAAAUGGAUUCAGUCACUACUAUUCCCGAUACUCCUGUGAUCUUGACACCUCCAGCAGGGACUUCUCUCAGGAUCCUGGCAAGCCAGGCUUUUCCAUUGAUGGGGACUGGGCUGCCGGAAGGCACUAUCGAUUCACUAAGCAGAAUGGCCACUCACACCCCAUACGUAGCCCCUUCUACCCAGAUGCCAUGCCCCAAAAAUCAGACUAUGGCAAGCUGCCCCCAGACUACCACACCUACCUGGAGAGCAAAGGGCGCUCAGCCGAUGAGGUGGCCUCCACAGUAGGGAGUGGGGUGGGCUCCAGUGGCUACUAUCGGGCAUCUGUGGGUGGCUCAUCCAGCCAGGACUACCGGGACACCUCAGUAGGCACGCCAUCUCGUGCCUCGCUCCAUAGUGAGCAGAUCAUCUACCCAGACAGUGAAUGGAGCUACGGCGGCCUCCGGGAUGAGUAUGAAAAGCGACCCAAGAGUUCGUAUGUGACACAGACCAGCCCCACGCCAGCUAUCAGGCAGCGGUCUCGGUCAGGCUCUGGGCUGCAGGAGCCAAAUGUCCCCUAUGCAGCAAGUGGGGCUUUCAAGAACCCUCCUCAGGCCCACCCAUACAGCUCGUACACCUACCCUCGCCUCUCAGAGAGUCUCGCUAACUCACAGACUAUAGCUAAGGGCGAGUACGAUCGUCCAUCACGUGACAGCAGUCCCCAGGUUACGGGUGGUGACACCUACCCCCGAGGGCCUCUUAAGCUACCUCAGAGCCACACCAAGCCACCUGGCUACCCCCCAGUGCACCUGCCCUACCCCCCUGUCUUUCACCAUUUCAAACCCUCGCCCUACCAUCAUCCCCCCUCCCAGCCCAGCCCACCAUACACCCCUCAGGGGGCUUAUUCACAGCCUUCAUCACCCUACAUCCCCCCGGGAGCCUACCCGCCCCCUUCCUGGGGGUCCAGCUCUGAUACGCAGCCCUCCAGAGUCUCUCAUGAACAGUUCAGAGCUGCACUUCAGCUGGUGGUCAACCCAGGUGACCCCCGGGAAUACCUGGACAGCUUUAUAAAGAUUGGCGAGGGCUCCACGGGUAUCGUGUGCAUCGCCAGCGAGAAACACAGUGGAAAGCAGGUGGCUGUGAAGAAGAUGGACCUCAGGAAACAGCAAAGGAGAGAACUGCUCUUUAAUGAGGUGGUGAUCAUGAGGGACUACCAUCAUGAGAAUGUGGUCGACAUGUACAACAGCUACCUGGUGGGGGACGAGCUGUGGGUUGUAAUGGAGUUUCUUGAGGGCGGGGCACUCACUGACAUUGUGACUCACACCAGGAUGAAUGAGGAGCAGAUUGCUACAGUGUGUUUGUCGGUGCUGAGGGCUCUGUCCUACCUGCACACACAGGGUGUCAUCCACCGCGACAUCAAGAGCGACUCCAUUCUCCUGACCAGUGAUGGCAGGAUCAAGCUAUCAGACUUUGGUUUUUGUGCCCAAGUUUCCAAAGAGGUGCCCAAGAGGAAGUCCCUUGUGGGCACACCCUACUGGAUGGCACCAGAGGUCAUCUCUAGACUGCCUUAUGGGACUGAGGUUGAUAUCUGGUCUUUAGGUAUCAUGGUGAUUGAGAUGGUAGAUGGAGAGCCCCCUUACUUCAACGAGCCCCCUCUGCAGGCCAUGAGGAGGAUACGAGACAACCUGCCCCCGCGGCUGAAAGAGUCACACAAGGUAUCCACGGUGCUGCGGUCCUUCCUGGACCUGAUGCUGGUGAGGGAGCCCUUUCAGAGAGCCACAGCCCAGGAACUCCUACAGCAUCCCUUCCUCAAGCUGUCGGGACCCCCUUCCUGCAUCGUCCCCCUCAUGAGGCACUACCGCCACCGCUGACCCACUGGCCCAAACCCACCCUCUUUUACACUAAAAACCACACACAUACUGUGCACACACUACCAGGGUGGCGCUGCCCUCACCCAGCCAAAACACCCCACCACUCAGUGGCACGCCAUUAACACUCACACCUGUAACCGUGUCGUAGAUUAGACAAAGGAAUAUCUAAGAAAUACAUUAAAAACACACACACAAAAGAGAAAAGAAGAAAAAUAUUGUCUAUUUUGAAACUAUGAACUGGAGUAGAAGAGUGGUGUACUGUACCAGAGGAACUCACUAGACAUCCAGUAGAACUGUGUGGGCUGGCUUACCCUGCUGCAGUCUUCUCUCUUCCUAGACUGUGAAUCCAUGUAGAUUUGUAGUCGUCAUCAGCAAGAGCUUUAGUGCAGCAAGCUGCUGACCAGAUGGAGAGGCCCUAGGGACCGGCACGCUGCUCCAGAGCAGAGCAGAGCAGCAAUGGGCAGAACAAUCAGCUGUGUGUGGAGAGAGGGGUUUCUGACUGGCGAUGACUGUCGUACAGCUGCUGGGUGAAGGGCAGGCUGCCGCUCAGCUGGUUAAACAGAGACAUACUCUCUUAUCUCUCCUCUCACACCCUAACAAUGAAAAUGUAUUUUAGAGAAACUUGUAAGUUUUUCUGUACAGUUUUGAUAAUUUGCAGUAUUUUAUCGUGUCGUAACCAUUGUGAUAUGAGCAGUAUUAAUUAAAUAGACUUUCUGCAGA